UACGUGUCCCACAAUACAUAGCUGAUCAGUAGUGAGCAAAUCGUAAGUGAAGAAGGAUACACUCGUCCAUGCAGAAAGUUAUUGCGUCCUUGUAUUUGCUUCCGUGAGGAAACCAUGAAAAUUUCCGGUGCCACAACUAGUUUCUUGGUCGUUUUCGGAGUUUUGCAAAUGUCAUGUACUUCCAGCUCGCUAUCCAUUAAACAACUAUGGAGAAACAGGCGGAUCGACAUAAGGUUUUUCCCAACCAUGCUGAAGCAGCUAUUCCCUCGAAGAUUGCCUGGUUUAUGGCUGACAAGGAUAAAACAGAGAAAUGCAGUCAGCUUAAAUGAACAUGUCGAUCCAGGUCAAGUCUGGUUAACUGGAUCGGUUCCAGCACGUCGAACAAGUCUAAUGAAUUUAAAAGAAGAAAACGAGCCCUACAAUUGGGGACAGGGGGUCAAGGUGUACAUGGAGGCAGAUAUACGUCCUUCUAUUAUGAAUUACUUGGAUGAUUCAGCGACAAAAGUACCGGAAUCAAAUCAUCUUCAUGAAACGACGUAUUCUGAAACAGAUUGGUUACGAAAACUUCCGUGUCGGAAUUUCGAAGACCCGUACGAGUGCUAUAAUUCUAACCAGUUCUAUCAUCCUGUAGGAUUGGAUAUGGGUGAAAGUAACGUGCCUUUUCAGAACAACGUCGUUGGGUACUAUGACAAUUCACCGUUUUCCUCUGCUUCCGAGAAAACGAGAACUUUCGACAUUUCUAUCGACUUGAGAAAGAAUAGGAAAGGUGCAUGGAGUGUGUAAAAC